CUCUACAGAGAUCGAUGAUGUGAUCCGUAAGUCGACCAACCUGCUGUUAACCAGAACACUCAGUAACUGUCUACAGUACGCAAUGAAGAAGAAGAACGUAGGACUGGCUGAGCUGGUUCAGGUGAUCAUCAACACGACCCAGCUGGAAGCAUCAUGUGUUUACCUGGAGGAGUUCAUCUCCAACAUCACUAAUGUUCCCCCCGAUACCGCCAACGCCACCAAGCUCUAUGGCACGUCCACGUUUAAGGAUGCGAGGCAUGCAGCAGAGGAGGAGAUCUACACCAAUCUGAACGCUAAGAUCGACCAGUUCCUUCAGCUGGCAGACUACGAUUGGACAGCAGCCCAGGGGGGCGGGGCUCCGAGUGACUACCUGAGUGACCUCAUCGCCUUCCUCUGUUCCACCUUCUCUGUCUUCACACACCUGCCGGGUAAAGUAGCCCAGACAGCCUGCAUGUCAGCCUGUAAGCAUCUCUCCACCUCUCUGCUCCAGCUACUGCUGGAGACAGACGUCAGACAGGUGUCUAUGGGAGCUCUGCAGCAGUUCAACACAGACGUCAAGGAGUGCGAGAGGUUUGCCAGAGCGGGGCCGGUACCCGGCUUCCAAGGAGACACGCUGCUGCUCGCCUUCUCUGAUUUGAGACAAUUGUUAGAUCUGUUUACCCAGUGGGACUGGUCUAGCUAUCUAGCUGACUAUGGAAGACCAACCUGCAAAUACCUGAGAGUCAACCCCCACACAGCCCUAGCACUGCUGGAGAAGAUGAAAGACACCAGUCGUAAGAACAACAUGUUUGCUCAGUUCAGGAAGAACGAGAGAGACAAACAGAAACUCAUCGACACCGUGGUCAAACAGCUACGCAACCUCAUCUCCGCCCACCAGACCUGAAUGGAGCAACGCUAUUGGUCAACGAACAUCACCAGACCUGAAUGGAGUGAUCCUAUUAGCCAAGGAACCUCCACCUUGCAAUCCGAUUGAUUACUGCAACCUCAUCUCCGCCCACCAGACCUGAAUGAAAAUAUAUAAUUGGUCAAGGAUCCCUGAACCCAGCAAUUCAAUUGGUCAAGUAAUACCACCAGGACUAAAACAAGCCAUCCUAUUGGUUACUGCAAUAUCUGCUCACUUGACCUGAAUGGAGCAAUCUCAUUAGCCAAGGAAUCUUAUCUCCGCCCACCAGACCUGAACCCAACCAUCCUAUUGGUUGAGGAAACAUGAUGCACAGCCACUCUAGCCUCUGUCUCUACCAUGUCUUCCAGUAUUGUUUUUACGGGUGGAUUUCAUUUUAGGGGUGGUUUAGUAUUUUGGGGUUUAUUUGACAUGAAAAUGUUAUAUUUUGUCUCUUAAGUGUCUACGAACACCGUUUUGGGUCGUACUGUGUCAAAGAUUCAAGUCAAAUAAUAGUAUUUGAUGCGUGUGACGACGUAGUCCAGUUAGUGUGUUGAUGCUACAGGAACUUACCACAAGGUUACCUAUAAUAACUGUUGUUUUGAGAUGUCCAAACGUACUUCUUAACAGUCCCUAUGCUGUCAAGGAGAACGGGGAUGAAUCCUGACCUUAAAAAAUAAAUAAAAAGCAAGACGGAGGGAGGAGAGAGAGAGAGAAGGAGGGAGGAGAGAGAGAGAGGAGGGAGGAGAGA